AAAUACUAUCACGAAGUGAGCUAAAGCUUGUUUCAUGAAAAAUAAUAGAAACCUACAGACACAAAAUACAGCAUGAAUAAAAGGUGAACAACAACAACGAAGAGAAAAAAUCGUAAUUCGAAUUGCUCCCGCAAGACGACGAAGACUAGUACGCCCCCACAAAAGUUAGCAUUGGCUGAGGCAUCGACACACAAUUGCAGCUAAACAAAUCUAAAAAAGUACAUAUAAAUACUAAAUAUCCGCCGUUUCAACGUCAUCAUUAGGUUCGCGCCACGAAAAUGGUCAAAAUAGUCUGAGCCAGCGUUGCUGCGGACUCAGACGGCGAACGCGGUUGACGACUAACGGCGGUGAAUAGAUAAUAACAAUAACAAUAACAACAACUAACAACUGAUCACGACGGCAAGCUGGUGAAUCGCAAAGCAUCCAACAAUAAAAACAAAAAUAACUACAACAAUUUUGUUUAGCAGCAGCCACAGCAAUUCCUCGCUCUGAGCCACAUUUAGCUUUGAAGUUCGAGUAAUGUUUUUGUUUGUUUUGUGAGUUUUCGCCGACGGAUUUUGGUUCUCUGCUCGCAAACACGUUUCAUUGUUAGCUACGAAAUGCGAAAUAAUUAUUGCCAAGUUGCUGCGACGAGACCUGGCUCAGUUGCUUGAGCGCAGCGUACGUGUUAAGACUUGAACGGCAUUUGAACGAGUAUAAAUAAUCGCACGCUUGAAUUGGCUUAAUUUUGAGGCGAGACGAAGGAGCGUAGCGCACGACUGAACCGAGCUGAACCUGCAUGAGAAGUGCAGUAGUGGAAAAGUGCAACGAAUCGGUGACAAAGAAAGAAAAGUCUAUUAAAAAAAAAAUAAAAAAACAAAAAAUAAAACAAAAGCGAACAUCACCGUCACAAGAGUUCAGUCGUGUAUCAGACAGCAUUCAGACGCGCGGUGGCAGUGCAGCUAAAAUUACUACAAAUUACUUACUAUAUAUAUUGUCGUGGAUGGUGUACUAAUAAUUGAUCUUGUGUGCCCAUUUUUGAAGCCUGCGCACUUUGUCAUUAACCACUUAAGUUAACCGCUCCGCUUACUAGUUCUCAAUCAGUUAGUUGGUCGCUGCGGUGCAUAGGAAAUGUCGUUCUUUCGAAACUUCCGUGCGAAAACGCGUAGUAAGAGUUCAUCUCGUGAUGCCACACCCGUGAAUAUGCACUCACGCCCUGACAGUGUGAACAGCAAUGUAACAACGCACACAAUUGGCACAACGUCGACGCGUCGCGAAUCGAUCGACUCACGUGCAGAUUCUCUGCUCAAUCGCAGCGAUACCUUCAUACUCAAUUCCGAUCAGGAGGACAAGGAGAGCAAACAGACUUCUUCGAAUAACUCAACGUUAGAGAAGAAAACAAAAAAGUCUAAAGUGCUAAGCAAAUUUGCUACGUUCACCAAGCGCAAAAAGACGCCGACACCGGAGAAAGCUGACUCCUUGGAACAUCAUCCGAGUGAUAGUGCAACUAACACAUAUUACAAAUGGAAAGCCGAUGGUCCGACUUCGGCGCAUGCUUUGGAUUAUGAUUCACACUCUGACCCAUUUAACUUUCUCUACGAGCAACAUUCCACCUUGAAGGAGAUGCACCAGGGUAGCAGUAGCGGUUCCAUGCAUUCCUCACACAGUUCCAACUCAAGCGCGCACAACCAGCCCUUCGAUUCAUCCACCUAUCGCAAGGGGAAAAUACCCACACAGCUGAAAGAACAACUUUCACAGCUGAAAACACAGACUAAGCCAGAUCUGCACGAGGCUGAGGAGUUGGCUGUCGAACAGGAGUCUGCCGCAGACAAAUAUAAGACAGUUACGUUAAAUAGUUUUCGCAAAUCAUUUCGUGAGAAAUUCCUACAAAACCAACAUAAUCCAGCGCAUAAUCCUGCCUGGUUUGUGGAGGUCGAGCCGCCGAAGAUAGAAACGCGCGGACGUUGUGAAUCCAAAGAGAAUCGACCCGACUUUCUAGUAUUCGAAAAUGAAAACUACCGCCCAAACUCACGUUCGCCCAUACGUGACAGCAAGGACCGUACGUCACGCACUAUUAGCCGAUCGCCGGUGAAACGUAACGAAACAUUUCGCAUGGAACGUCCCACAUUCGAAGCGUCCAAAAAUAGUUCAGCGCGCCAUAAGGACACACAGCUGCCUGAAGAGCCAUCGAUACGGAUUGAAAUCAAGAAUUCGAUAACGCCAAAUAUGCCAACGCGUAUGGUGCCAGUGGGUGUGGCCAAGCCCAUGCCCUCGCAGUACAGCAUGAAGGAUAGCUAUCCAAGUCCAACAGCGCGCAACGGUGGCGCUACCAUACCAAACGCAACACAACAGAUCAAAACCGCUAAAUUAAGUAGCCGCGAUAAGUCACCGCUCCAUAAUUGGGGUAAGCCGAUAACCGUCAUGCCCGUGCGCUAUCCAACCGCUGGGAAGAGCGGCGCACCAUCAACUGGCGGACGCUACCAAACGCUGGUACAAAUACGCAAUGAGGCCAAUACAAAACCAACGCCGCCCACACAAACGCAGCGCUCGCCGCUGAAUCGCAGUCGUAUUUCCACACGCAUACAACUGGGUGGAGUUGGCGGUUCGCCCACUUUGCAGAAGCGCCUCAGCACACCCGGUACACGCCAUUCACUUGCCACGCCUCUACAAAUGAACGCACUUAGCAGCUAUGAGCUGUUGAAAAACACACCGACAAUGACAACCAAGUCCGCAAUGGAUCAACAGUCGCCGCUGCAGAAGCUCCAACAACCAAAGCACACUUACUUUGGUGACGCGGCGCUACAUCCUGCCAAUGGCAACACUAAUAAUAAAUCCAUUUCAACGACAACAUUUUGCAUGGGUCGUACGCCGGUUCAUUCAACUACCGGCACCAGCAGCUAUCCAACAGCGGCGAGUCGGCUGCAACAACCACAGGUGUUGCGCAUAGCUGGUGGCAGCAUGAACUAUCAAAAUCGUGCGCAACAGCAACAGCAGCGGCAGCAACAACAACCACAACAGCGAGUGCUGGUGCCAACACAAAGGCGUUCACGUUCACCGGUCAAAAUGCCAUGGCGCUGAGUGGCUGUAUCGGGGCGAAUAAUUAGCAUAUUUAUUUGUUUUUUUUUUGGUUUUUUUUUUUUAUGCGAUAUACACAUUUCAAAGCUGUGUGUGGGCAUGCGCGUGUGCGAAAUCUGGCUGGUGGAGGAGGCAACGCAAGCGGGAGUCAAUGCGUUCUACAAUUUUUUCUAAUCGAAAUUUGCUUCUUAAUUAACCAUGGCGGGUUGCGGCAACUCCCACGCCGCUUUUCACAACGAAAUCUACUAGACGCUUACAAAGGCCUAAUGAAACCAAAAUAUAAGUGACACCCAUUCAGACUGAUCAACUGCACCCUGUUAAAACUAAUCACGAAGAAAAAUUGAAAAAUUGACUGAGGUUCAGCUACAUAGUAUUUCUCAUGUGAAAUAGUCGACUGUGGUGAAUAGAAAAAUCAAAGGAGACCAACGCAAAUAAGCGUAAAACUAAAAUAAUAUAAAGAAUAACUCGAAGCAAAAAUUGUAUUUAAAAUAACUCAUUUAACGUAAAUAACACCUAUUUAACGAAAUUCAUAUUUAUACACAUACCCAUACACUCAUACAAACCUACACACACACACACACACAUACGACUUGGUUGUGUAAACGAAUAAAAAUUGCUCAACAAUUUAAUAAUAAUGAGUAUCAUGGAAAUUUAAUUGCUAUACUCGUAAA